CCGCGAACUCCGGCGGCGGCUGAGGCGACGGCUGCGGCGGCCCGAGCAGCAUGCCGAGGAGGAAGCAGCAGGCCCCCCGGCGCUCGGCAGCUUACGUUCCCGAGGAGGAGCUGAAGGCAGCCCAGAUAGACGCGGAGUGCGAGGAGCAUGAGGGGCCGCCCCUGGACAUUCCCGAGAGCGACUUCGCCUGCAGCGAGGACACGGAGAUCAAGGAGGCCCAGAGCUAUCAGAACUCGCCCGUCAGCACCGCCACCAACCAGGACGCCGCCUGCGGGUCGCCCUUCAGCGAGAACAGCGACCCGCCGGCCCAGUUCCAGGGCCCGGCCACCAGGGAGGAGAAGGAGGAGCCGCAGGGUCCCGACAGCGUCUCCUAUCCCCAGGACAGCUUGGCACAGAUCAAAGCCGUGUAUGCAAACUUGUUCUCCGAGUCCUGCUGGUCCAGCCUCGCUCUGGACUUAAAGAAGUCGGGUUCGGCCUCCAGCAACACCGAUGUCAGCCGGAAGGAGAGCUCCACCCCCACCCCCACGCCCCCCACCAGUACCGCAGGCACUGCCGGCACGCCCGGCACCCCCGGCACCCCCAGCACCAGCGGCAGCACCAGCACCAGCCACAGCAGCACCACCAGUAACAGCAGCGGCUCCGGGUACGACUGGCACCAGGCGGCGCUGGCCAAGACGCUGCAGCAGACGUCGUCCUAUGGGCUGCUGCCCGAGCCCAGCCUGUUCAGCACCGUGCAGCUCUACCGGCAGAACAACAAGCUGUACGGCUCCGUGUUCACCGGCGCCAGCAAGUUCCGCUGCAAGGACUGCAGCGCGGCCUACGACACGCUGGUGGAGCUGACGGUGCACAUGAACGAGACGGGCCACUACCGGGACGACAACAGGGACAAGGACUCGGAGAAGACCAAGCGGUGGUCCAAGCCCCGGAAGCGCUCCCUCAUGGAGAUGGAGGGGAAGGAAGACGCCCAGAAGGUGCUGAAGUGCAUGUACUGCGGGCACUCCUUCGAGUCGCUGCAGGACCUCAGCGUCCACAUGAUCAAGACAAAGCAUUACCAGAAAGUGCCUCUGAAGGAACCAGUGCCGGCCAUCACCAAGCUGGUCCCUUCCACCAAGAAGCGAGCACUUCAGGACCUGGCGUCCCCCUGCUCCCCGGAGCCAGCGGGCGUGGCCGCGGAGGCCGCGCCGAGCGAGUCGGCCAAGGACCAGAAGACGGCCAACCCCUACGUCACGCCCAACAACCGCUACGGCUACCAGAACGGUGCUAGCUACACGUGGCAGUUCGAGGCCCGCAAAGCGCAGAUCCUCAAGUGCAUGGAGUGCGGCAGCUCCCACGACACCUUGCAGCAGCUCACCGCCCACAUGAUGGUCACCGGCCACUUCCUGAAGGUGACCACGUCUGCCUCCAAGAAAGGGAAGCAAUUGGUGCUGGACCCCGUGGUGGAGGAGAAGAUCCAGUCCAUACCCCUGCCCCCCACGACCCACACCCGGCUGCCGGCCUCUGGCAUCAAAAAGCAGCCGGACUCGCCUGCAGGUGCCGUGGCCGCCGAGGACAAGAAGGAGCCAGAGAAGGAGAAGGCACCGGCGGCUGGGGACACGGAGAAGGAGAUCAAGGAGGAGGGCGGGGACGCCUCUGAGAGGUUCGAGCCCACUGCACUCUAUCAGUACCUCCGCGAGGAGGACCUGGACGACAGCCCCAAGGGUGGCGUGGACAUCCUCAAGUCCCUGGAAAACACGGUCUCCACGGCCAUCAGCAAAGCCCAGAACGGCGCGCCCUCUUGGGGCGGCUACCCCAGCAUCCACGCUGCCUACCAGCUGCCGGGCGCCGUGAAGCCGCUGCAGACGGCCGUGCAGAGCGUCCAGGUGCAGCCGUCCUACGCCAGCGGCGUCAAGUCGCUGACCUCUGCCGAGCACAACGCCCUCCUGCACUCCCCGGGCAGCCUCACGCCGCCGCCGCACAAGAGCAACGUGUCUGCCAUGGAGGAGCUGGUGGAGAAGGUCACGGGCAAGGUCAGUGUCAAGAAGGAAGAGAGGCCACCCGAGAAGGACAAGGGCUCCCCCACCAAGGCCGCGUCCCCUGUGGCAAAGGAGAACAAGGAUUUCCCCAAAACUGAGGAGACCAGCGGCAAGCAGCCCAAGAAGGGCCCCGACGGCGAGACUGGCAGGACCAAAAAGGAGGGUCCCACGGACGCACACACCCCAAAUGGCACGGAGCCUCACAAAGCCAAGGUCACCAACGGCUGCGGCAGCCUAGGCAUCAUCACAGACCACUCACCGGAGCCCUCCUUCAUCAACCCCCUGAGCGCGUUGCAGUCCAUCAUGAACACCCACCUGGGCAAGGUGUCCAAGCCCGUGAGCCCCUCGCUGGACCCCCUGGCCAUGCUCUACAAGAUCAGCAACAGCAUGCUGGACAAGCCUGUCUACCCCACCACGCCGGUGAAGCAGGCCGACGCCAUCGACCGCUACUACUACGAGAACAGCGACCAGCCCAUCGACUUGACCAAGUCCAAGAGCAAGCCUCUGGUGUCCGGCGUGGCUGACCCGGUGGCCUCGCCGCUGCGGGAGAGCGCCCUCAUGGACAUCUCCGACAUGGUGAAGAACCUCACGGGCCGCCUGACACCCAAGUCCUCAACGCCCUCCACGGUGUCGGAGAAGUCGGACGCCGACGGCAGCAGCUUCGAGGAGGCCCUGGACGAGCUGUCGCCCGUCCACAAGCGGAAGGGGCGCCAGUCCAACUGGAACCCACAGCACCUGCUGAUCCUGCAGGCCCAGUUUGCCUCGAGCCUGCGGGAGACCGCGGAGGGCAAGUACAUCAUGUCGGACCUGGGCCCCCAGGAGCGAGUGCACAUCUCCAAGUUCACUGGCCUCUCGAUGACCACCAUCAGCCACUGGCUGGCCAACGUCAAGUACCAGCUGAGGAGGACAGGGGGGACGAAAUUCCUCAAGAACCUGGACACAGGGCAUCCUGUUUUCUUUUGCAACGAUUGUGCCUCUCAAUUCAGAACUGCCUCCACAUACAUCAGUCAUCUGGAGACGCACCUGGGCUUCAGCCUGAAGGACCUCUCCAAGCUGCCCCUUAGUCAGGUUCAGGAACAACAGAACGUCUCCAAGGUCCUUGCCAGCAAGGCUCUGGGCCCGCUGGGGGCCGCCGAGGAAGACUCGGGCUCCACAUUCCAGUGUAAGCUCUGCAACCGGACCUUUGCGAGCAAGCACGCGGUCAAACUGCACCUUAGCAAGACGCACGGCAAGUCGCCCGAGGACCACCUGAUCUACGUGACCGAGCUGGAGAAGCAAUAGCGUGCCGGUGUGCACGGGGCUGCCGGACGUCACACCACACCGUCCUCACACUGCACUAGGCCUGGCCUGAGCCGCUGAAAUCAGUCUUUCCUUUGUUGCUGAACUGCCUGUCUGGACCCUGGUUUUUCUUACACACAUUUUGUAGUUAUAUUUAUAUGCUCUUUGUCUGAUCUGUGCAUGUUAUUUUUUCUUUUUUUUCCGUGAGUCAGUCUGACCUUUAUUUUCAACAUCUGUUCUUGAUGUUAAGCUAUCUUUUGUAGGAAAUAGUGGGGCACGCGACUCAGAGACGCUAUUUAGCAGUAAAGAAAGAUGCAAAUAACAAUGAUAAAGAGACAUCCUAAAAUUACGAAGUUGCCAUGACAAUAAAGGUCAUAGAACCUGGGAGUGUCAAAUUUAACUCUUGGAGGACUGUAAUCGCAUUUCUGUGCCUUUCACUCAGAAAAAAAAAAAAAAAAGAAAAAAGAAAAAAAGGCUUAAAGGCAUUUCAUGCAGAUCAAAAGCUGUGUCAGACACAAAACGUAUUUAAUAAUUAAAAAAUGAGCUUUCUUAUGCAGGACUGGUUGGUGAGGAAGCAUGCAUGCAGCUAUGGGAAGUCAGUCAGAGGCUGCUGAGGACUCCCUGGGUUCCGAGGCCACCACUCCAUGUUCCGCUCACGCAGGGAGCCACACACACACACACACACACACACACCCCACAAACAACAACAAACACCCCCGUCGCCACUAUGCCCAAACCCUCCUCUGGAUGCUGAAGAAUGCCACUUUUGGCAGAAAAAGUAUGCAAGCUAUUAUUUAAAAAAAUGUGUAAAAAUGCUAUUUCUUUUUUUUUUUCCUGUAAAAUACUGCGGUUUAUAGUUAUUUACAAACGUAAGCUUUGGUACAAGCUGACCUUUCUAUAGCGUGCUGCAUUGGUAAAUGAAAAAAAUAAAUAAAUAAAUGGGGCAAACGUCGGAGUCCUUUCCUUGUCGAUUGCCAGCAUCAGCUUAAAACUCCUGUACGUUGCAUAUCGAACCAUUUUAAUCUCUUCAGCUUUCUUUGUACCUUCUGGCUGUAUGCUUUCUCUUUUAACUUUUUAUAUUGUCAUUUUAUAUUAAAUUUCUGUGUAUAUAAUGUAAAACCACGAUUUUUGAAUAAAAUUUAGUUCCUGCAGCUUGAUUUAAAUAGAGAAAUUUUACUGGCACCUGCGUCUUUCAAGAUGCAUGUACUCAGAGGAACUAUCAGACAAAAAUAAAUAAAUAAAAACAAAGCAAGCAAUGCACUAUUAAUUAUACAUUUUGAUGUUCUAUCAUUAAUAUUGUACAGUACAUUUUGGUUCACACAAUUAAAUCCACUGUUUUCUCAAAUGUAAAAUAAACCCAC